GUUCGCCCUCUUCCGUAUUGCAGCGUUUUGUGUUCAGACAGAGAGUAAAGCAGACCAGACGUGAACAGAGUCACAGAGAUCAGCGACAUUACGGUGAAAAUCAUGUUUAAACUCGCUGUAGUCGCUCUUGUGCUUCUCAGCGCCAGCUGUUUUGCCAAACAAUCUGACCCAAAAGUGCAGGUGUACAGCCGCAACCCUGGAGAGUAUGGGAAGAAAAACGUGCUGAUCUGCUACGUCAGUGGCUUUCACCCCCCUGACAUCACCAUUGAGCUCCUGAAGAAUGAGCAGGAGAUCCCGGACAGCCAGCAGACCGACCUGGCCUUCGAGCAGGGCUGGCAGUUCCACCUGACCAAGCAUGUUGAUUUCACCCCCCAGGCUGGAGAGGAGUACAGCUGCAGAGUCCGACACAUGGGCAACACAAAGACCUACACAUGGGAACCUGACAUGUGAACAACAGUUCAUUCUCUCCAGCUAUUCUCCAAAACUUCAAACCUUUGCUUUGAUUUCAUUAUGUAAUUUAGGGGUGUCCAGUCCUGCAGAGUUCAGCUCCAACACGCUGCCUGGAUGAUUCUGGGAACUCUGAAGACCUUGAUUAGCUGGUUCAGGUGUGUUUAAUUGGAGCUAAACUCUGCAGGACAGUUAGCAGCCCAGCAUCCUGCAGCGUUUAACUCCAGCACUAAUGAAACACUCCUGAACCAGGACUGGACACCUCUGCUUUAGGAUAUGCUGACUGUGUUGUUUAGACGGCAAUAUGUUUUCUUAUACAGGAUGAAGAGAAGCUUCUAACUUUGUAUCUGUUUCAGUUUCUGUGUCAGGGUGAUCUGCCUGCAGUAUAUAUCAGCACAUUUCUAAAAGCUUGGGUGUGGGAUUUCUUGCCUUGGUUUAGUCUUCACAACUUCAGCACUUUGACAUAUUAAUGUCUUUGCAUAUUACUUAUUAAUGUUGUUUUAUGUGCAUAUUACAUAUCAAUGUGUUUAAAAUGAAUUUGAAGAUUCAGGAGAGGUGUCUUUUCGAUUUAAGGGGCAUAAUUUUAGCAGUCACUGGUUCAAACAUAUUUGUAGUGUUUAAUAGCCUAUAGCUUCCAGCAGACAAUGCUUUUGGAAAGAUUUAAUGUAAAUAAAUCAGAGGUUCACUGUAAAAAUCAGUGAAAAAAGAUUCAAAAUUUGUAUGAACAUCACUGACUCUAUAAUUCAUGUCUUGUAAUUCAGUUCAAUAAAACAUUUUUCCUUAGUAA